AUUCUUCUCCUUGUAGAAACCCUUUUGAAAGGUCGCCUCAAAGGCUUGGAGCCCUUCCGGUUAUUGGUGUUGCACAAGAGGAGCUAAGCCGCAGGAGAAAAGAGAGAGAGGCGCAGCAUGAACGGCCCUUCUUGGUACGGUGUCAUCAACAGCGGCAGCAGCAAAAGCUUUGUCGUAUACCUCCUCGCAGCGUCAUCCCUCGCUGUAGCCUCCACCUUCUUCAUCUCCCACGGCCCGUCCUCUCCCUAUGGAUUCCAAGACCAGCACGUCAUCCUGUCCUCUCGAUCCGUUCGAGUCUGGCCUGAGCUCGAGGUGAACUGGAGGAGCGGCUUGGCCACCGUCAUUGGCUUCCUGGGCUCCGCCUUCGGCACCGUCGGCGGUGUCGGCGGUGGCGGCAUCUUCGUCCCCAUGCUAACCCUUGUCGUCGGCUUCGAUGCCAAGUCCGCUGCUGCCCUCUCAAAAUGUAUGAUCAUGGGGGCAUCGGCUUCAUCAGUGUGGUACAACCUCAGAGUGGCGCACCCUUCCAAGGAAGUGCCCAUCAUAGACUACAACCUGGCUCUGCUGUUCCAGCCCAUGCUGAUGCUGGGGAUCACCAUCGGUGUGGAGCUCAGCGUGGUCUUCCCCUUCUGGCUCAUCACCAUCCUUAUCAUAAUUCUCUUCAUAGGUACUUCCUCAAGGUCAAUGUUCAAGGGAGUUCAGAUGUGGAAGAAGGAAACUCUCUUCAAGAUGGAGAUGCGGAAGCAAGAGGAGGCUAAAUCCAAUCAGGAAGUGGAGGGCAUCGACACAACAAGCGAGCCUCUCCUUCAUCGGCCGGAGAAAUCCAUGCUUGAGGCGUUGCGGUUCAACAUAAGGUGGAAGGGGAUCUCGGUCCUGCUGGUCGUCUGGUUCUCAUUUUUACUGCUUCAGAUCCUAAAGAACAAUUCAGAGACCUGCAGCCUUUUCUACUGGGUUGUAAACAUCUUGCAGUUUCCGGUGGCGCUAAGCGUGUUCUCGUGGGAGGCGACGAAGCUGUGGAGGGAGAGCCGGCAGCGGCGAAUGCAGGGCAACUGGGAGUCCGUCUGCGAGGCCUCCAUCGAGUGGACAGGCAUGCAGCUGGUGUUCUGCGCCUUCUGCGGUCUUCUCGGCGGCACCGUCGGCGGGCUGCUCGGCUCCGGCGGCGGCUUCAUCCUGGGCCCCCUCCUCCUCGAAAUCGGAGUCAUCCCGCAGGUAGCCAGUGCCACAGCAACCUUCGUGAUGAUGUUCUCCUCAUCCUUAUCAGUGGUGGAAUUCUACUUCCUGAAGAGAUUUCCCAUCCCCUAUGCUCUCUAUCUCAUUUCUGUGUCUGUGAUGGCCGGCUUCUGGGGACAGUUCUUCGUCAGGAAGCUGGUAAAGUUUUUGAAAAGAGCAUCAAUCAUUGUCUUCAUUCUCUCCUCGGUCAUCUUUGCCAGCGCUCUAACCAUGGGUGUUGUUGGCACUGAGAAGUCGAUUACUAUGAUUAAGAACCAUGAGUACAUGGGAUUUCUCAGCUUCUGCGAGAAAUAGAAAUGGGACUGCAACCUGUAUUACCUAGUUAAUCAGAUCAUCUCUAGCAUAAACCAUUAAAAGCUUUCAUGUUCUUGUUUGGUCAGCACCUUGCUGACCCCCCCAAGUAAUGCACGUCCAGUUAUGGGAUUUGCAUUUGUCAACGGUGGAAGUGCUGGUCAAUACCCAAUUGACCGUAUCAUCUCCAGCAUAAUCCAAUAAAGCCCGCAUUUAUCAUUAUUGUUGGUCGGUCAGCUCCUUGUUGACCAUAUCAUUUGCUGUUCCAGCUAUAGCAUUGCGUCCAUCAUCAAUUGUUGAUUUGUGUGUGAAAUGAAGUAAAAACAUAAUAUCAGUGAACUUUGUGCUACA